AUGUAAUUGAUGCUAGAGGAAAGUGAUACUCUAAAUUUCACAUUACAAAGUAGCAAGUUGAAUCAGCAAUUCACCCCUAAGAAUCAAUUCGAUACAAGCAGUAGGCAAAUGAACUUGAAUAGUUAGUAGCAAUCUCAAUUUAAGAUAUUGUUUGAUGCUUAGAAAGUAUUAACUGACAGCAAAUUAGAAGAGGAAAAAAGAAGGCUAAAUCAGAACAUAAUUUCAUUUAACAAUAACAUCAUUAGCAUCAAUUCAUAGCAUCAAUAAAUUAGAUAAAUGCAAAAAGAAACUGAAGCUAAAAACAAAGAUAUCAUAAAUCAAUUAGUUGACGAUCAUUUGAACGGAAAUUUAAAAGAUGCUUUGGACGGAUUAGCUAAAAUUGACAAUUACACUGCAAAGCAUUAGUCUUAUCACAAGAAACCACCAAAGCAGAUUGACUUGGAUAAUAAUGAUAGAAGAUCUAUGAAGAAAGUUUAAAAAAGCAUUAAUUAAAUGAGCAAAGACCACCUUAAGAAGGAAUGGAGUCUUGAUGUGCUAAGUUUAAGCAAUUAAAAAACGCCUAUGAAUCAGCCUGGUCUCCAAUUUAAAUCAUCGAAACAAAGUAUUGAAACACCUAUAAAAACAGUAGAUGGUAAAUACAUUUAACCUCGAUAAAAGAGCGAAGAAAGAAAGGAUUUGUUAAAUACUAUUUCAAAAGAUUAAGCAAUGACCUAUUUUUCAACUAGAAAAAGAAAUAGAUAGUCUAGUACUUCUUAAAAUAGAAGUUAUUCAAACUAGAAAGAACAGAAACUAUAAUAACUAAGCUACAUAGAAAACACAUUAGCGAAUACACUAUAACUUCCAGAACUGUAAAGUAAAAUUUAGAAUUCACAGACCAACAUGACCAAUGGUUAGAAUCAAAUUAGAGAUGUUAACUAUAUUAAUGUCUUUAUACAGCCUCAUUCUAAUUCCUUGAAAAACAUGAAGAAUGAAAAUUAUUAAACAAGAAACAUUAUUAACAACAGAUAAAUCAUAAGCAGUGGAAAUAUCGAGGUCUAACGUGGUAGUGAUCAGGCUUUUGUUGACAAUGAUAUUGAUUAGAAUGUUGAUUAAGCCUUACCUGAUUUCCGUGACAAGUUAAUGCUUUUGAUAAAGAAAUCUCCAUUGUAUGAAUAGUUACAAAUAUUAAAUUAAGAUAAAGUAAUAUAAGACAUUUCUAAUGAGAGCUAAGAGAAUUCUCCAAGGAACCAAUAGUAAAAGCCAAACAAAAAUAAAGAUACCAUAUUUAAUAGAAAUUCUAUGAAUGAGAUAUUCAGAGAGCAAUCUGAAUAUAGGAUCUAGUCAACACUGUUGAAUCAGGUUUUAAACGAGAUUUUGACAGGAAAAUUCUACUAUAAAUCAAAUAAAAUGACUGAGAAUAUGGUGGAAAAGGAUUUAAAGCUUGGAAAAACUACCAAGUACCUGCAUGGCUUAGACUUUAAAUAACUUUUGAUUGAAUAAUCUAAAAUCAAACCUCAAAUGCAAAAUAUAACCCAAAUUUAGACACUUGAGAUGCUGCCAAUCGAAGAGUAACUUCUAGAUGAGAUCUUUAACAUUGAAAGGAUUAAGGAUUUUGAAAGGAAAAUAAGUAAGAUUCUUUUGAAUUCCGAUGAAGAGUAGGAUAUCGUAACUUUUUUGACUUAAGAAUUUCAACCUGAGAUUCUAAGACAGCAUAAUGAACCUACGUAUAUAAAAAGCACUUAGGGCCCCACCAGUCUUGACACAUUCAAAACAUUAUCAUCCAAAGAAAGAGUUGAUGAGGAAUAGAGACAUAACAUAAAGGAGAUUGUAAUCAGGAAUUCACAGUAGAGACAUUAAAUGAUAAAAGACAUCCUUAAAAAUAUAACUGACUCAAAUAAGAAGAUAGAGUCUUUGUAAAAUGAAUAAAAACUUAGAAAUGAAUUUGAAAACCAAUCACACGUGGAAGUAUAGACGAAAUAGCUUCUUUAUUUGUUGGAGGAAAAUGUAAAGAGUAUUGCUACAAGACUUUUGCAUCAAGAGGAAGAUAGAUUUAAAGUAGGAAAGGAUAAAUUUGAUAAACUCUGCCAGAACUUAAAGGUUAUUAUGCCUAGAUACGAAAAAUACAUAGAUGAUGAGGAAUUCCAUCAUCAGGUGAAUGAUGCAAUUGCUAAAAAUGGAGAGAAUGGUUUGAAGAAGUAGGUUGCAAAUAUAUAGAAGGAUGUAGAUGAGUAGGCUUUGGCAAAGUUUAAUCUCCAAAUAGAAUUUAAUAAUUUCUAGAAUCAGACCAAACUAGUUCAGCAAAGAUAUGAGGAUGAGAUCUAGUAAGUUAAUAUGAAAAGUGAUAAUUUGCAACAAACGAUCUACUCUCUUGAAAAAAAAUUGAGAGAAUUUUAAUCCAUUAAAGGAGCAGAAAAAGAAAACAAGUCAACAUAAACAUAAAUCCAAAUGGACGAAAAAUCAAAGCAGCAUAUGAUGGCAGCUCAUAAGCAUAUUAAAAAUGCUUCCACCCUCAUAAAUAUUCAUCAUACAAUGAAGGUCAAAUAUGUUGAAAACACUAAAGAAUUAAUAGAAGCUUACAAAGCCUAACCUCCACUUGAAAAAGUUUUCAUGCCUAUCAAGUAGGUUAUAAAAAAUGUGCGAAAUGGUACUUCAUAGUAUAGUAAAGACGUCAAAAGCCUUAAGAAAGUACUUUAGAUGAUCGCUAAUUUGAUUUAAGCUAAAAUAUAAGCAAUUGAAAAGUAAAAUGAAAAGCAAUCUCUAAUGAAUAUUGAUCACUUCUACUAUGAUUAUAUGAAUAAUAGAUUCGGCUUAGGAACUUUAGCAAAAAAAUAUUGUGAAAUAUAUCUCCUUUCAAUAUAGCAAUAUCGAGAUGCUGACUCCAGAGUAGAAUUAUUUAGAAAAUUUGUGGGUUUAGACCGAGAUAAGCUCCCAUAUUCAAUAUUCUAGCUGUAUGUACAAUUGAUCAAAGCUGCAAACUAUAGUGUUCAAUCUUUAUUUACCACAAACAUUACGAAUCUCUACAUAGAAUUCAAUCAAGCUAAGUCUAGCAUUAUCAAUAUAGUUUCGGAUGCGAGUCAAUACAUUCACACAAUAAUUCAAAACUAAUUGAGGAAAUAUACGAAGAUAUUUUCUGAUAACAAGAAACUUUCUCAGGGAGUAGAUAUUCAAGACUAUUAGAUGUUUAAAGAAUUCUUAGAUAAAGUAACUACUUCAAAAUAUAAAAAUAUCAGUGAAUUCGUAACACCAUUGUACUCAACAACUCCUAUGGUUAAUGCAGAACUACUAAGAGAUUACAUUUUAAAGAAAUUUGACUUUCCUCAAUACUCUUUAGCAGAUGCGAAGCAAAGGUUGCAUUAAGUGAUUAGAAUAUUCUUUAUGGAUGCAAUGGAAUCAACUUCUCCAAUCAUACCAAAAGAGAACUUGAUGCAAGCAGUGAGGAUUAAAUUCGAUAUGAAGCUUCCUGUCAGCGCUUAUUUUCAUAUCGGAUUAAAUGCUAUCAUUGAACAUUAAAAUAAUGAGAAUAUUUGGAUGGAAGGACUAUUCCAGUUUUAUUCAAGAAUAGAAAUCGAUCAUGUAUAGAUUGAACUUGGCAUCCCUACAAAAUCAUCUAAUCUAAUAAAUGGUAUGCUUUUUGAGCAAUUUUUAUACUUCCUCUAAGAUUGUGAAAUAAAACUAUCAUAGCAACAAAUAAUAGAUAUUUACAGGACUACUUGUGAAGAUAAUAAUAGAAUAUUACUAACUUGCGAUGAUUUUAUAGAAGCUUGCACCAAGCACAGAUUAGUCUAAAACAAAAAAACACUCGAUGAAAAUAAAUAAAAAAGAGAGAAAAAGAUAAAAAAAUUGACAAACUUUGUUGCUGGGGGAUCAACUACUCAAUCAGAAUAAUCUUUAAUUAUUCAAAAUGCAUCUUUAGGCUCUCCAAAAUAUAAUAAUGCUGCUAGCUUUAAUGCCUAAUAAGAAGAAGUAAAAUCUAGUGCAAGCAAAUCAGCAUAAGCCUUAAAGAAUUUUAAUAGAUAACACACAGCAGUAACCGCAUUUAUGGGUACUAAAAAGUCUUCUAGUUAAUUGAAUGUCAGUGAAAAUGGCUCAGAGGGAUAAAAAGAACAGAAAUUAAGUAAACUUGCUGAGAUAGCGUAAAAGCAAUAAUCUAAAAAGAGACUAACUCAUAGCAAUACAUAAGACUUGAAACUAGAAACAAAGGAAAAAUCAAUUGAUAUUAUAAAAUUUGGUAAGCAUAUAUUGAAUAAUUCGAAAAUCAACACACCAAAAUCUGAAAUGAAAACUGAGUAGAAAAAUCGUUCUUCAAAUGAUCCAAUAUUUAAAAGUAUGAACGAUAUAAAUCAGGGCUCAAUGAUAAGGCCAGAUGCUACUUUUUAUACUUAAAAGUAGGAAGAAUAAAAUAGGCCUUCAAGUAAAGAUAUAAGCCAUAAAAAUUUCUAAAGAUCAAAUUUAAGCAAGGUAAAUUUGGAAAUUAUAAGCAGAUAAGAUGAGCAAAAUAAUGAUGAAUAAGAAGAAGGUAACAACGAUAACUCAUUAGAUGAAAUUCAAAAGUACUCAGAUUAAAGAGAAGUUUAGGUUCAGUUGACUGGUGGAUAUGAUAAUAUGGGAAUAGAAAACCUCUAGGGUAGUAUUAGAUCUAAUAGCCCUAUUGAUAAUCAAAGAAAAUCAGUAAACUCUCAAUCGAAUUCAAGCAGUGAUCAUAAGAUAUCAGGGAAAUUUCAUAAUAGAAAUCCAAGCGAAUAUCAAUUAAAAUUAGAACCUAUUAUGGAGGAAAAAUAUGCAAGAACUGAAAGCUUUUCAUAGCAAUAGGAAAAUAGCUAUGAAUCUCGCCAAUCAAUAAAUGAGAGACAAUAGGUUGUUAGUCAAAUAAACAUCAGCUCAUAAAGCUAAUAAGAAUCAUUAACCUAGAAACCACCAAAAAACAAUUAGUCUAAGAAAUCUAAGAAUGAUGGAUCUAUGAAUCAAUCGAGCUUAGAUAAACGAAACGACAAUAACAAUGAAAUAAUGAUCAAUGAUAAUGAAAAAUUGAUGAACUGGAAUGAGCAGCAAAGCUCUAGUGCUAUUACAAGUACUGUAAAGAACAAAAAUCGAAAGUAGCAAAACAAUUCAGAUUAAAUCAACUAAUCAUUAGAUUAGUCACAUGACUCUACUCUAGAUAUGGUACUAAAUCGAAAGGAGACUAACUCCCCUUUUAGAUCAUAAACAAUUGAUAUCCUGAAUGCUCUAAGAGGAAGACCUCAAACUAAUAUGAGUCUUGAUAUGAUGGUAGAAGAUGCCCUAGAUAACAUAAAGCAAAAGCAAGUAUCCAAUCCGGUUUAAAAAGAUAUAUAGAAGCAAAAUUAGUUCUCAUAUUCUGAAAUAACUCACUACGAACAUUCGCCAGUCAUUAACUAGAGGUAGCAGAACUAAAAUCUUCUAUCUACCUCCUAAAACAAUAAUAAUAGCAAUAAUUAGCCUAGAUCAAGUGUUGAGAUUUAGUCAAGGUUGUAGUUAAGCAGCAAUACAAUGAGAGAAAGUUUAAACUAUACAGAAGAUUCAGAAGAAGAAAAGAAAACUUAGAAAAACUCUAAUUAAUAAUAAUGA